AUGACACCUGGCACAGCUGUGGACAAUGCUAGAGGACCUCCACACACUCCGACAAUAGGAAGAGAGCGACGACAGCCACGGAAAGUUUUGUCUUCAAACACCUGUAACCGUCCAACCAACCCAGACGAAGCCGCCUCUACUACAACGGCACCAACGCUGCUUUUCCUCUCGAAACUGACGGAAAACGAAACUUCGGACAUCGCCAACAGCAGCUACUGUGGCCUUGACCUGAGAAAAGCUGAACUUCCGGUCAUCUUCCUGAUAACACUGUCCGUGAACCUGCUGGCGCUGGCCGUGUUGCUACGCAUGCGCGGCACGUGUGACACCUUGGAUCACCACCUUGUGUCGCUGCUCAACUUGAAUGAUCUCAUAUCAACAGCCCUCUUCACCUUCAUGUGGGUCUCCGGCUGGGCGUCAUGUGACCAGCUGCUCCAACUUCCGGUCUACUGUGGCCUGUUUGGCUGGCUGGGCAGUGCACUGGUCGUCUGGUCAGCUGGGAUUAUCGUCAUCAUGACCAGCUGUAGAUACCUGUCCCUGGUCAAGCCUCUGUACUACAGGACCCACGUGACCGUGACGACAGUGACCCGGGGGGCAGUGGGCACCCUGCUCUUCUGUCUGCUCUUUUUCAUCUGGCCCUUCACCGGACUCACGGCGCCGUUCACCAUCUACCAAGACAACCACAUCUGUGCCACACAGUUCGCACCAGGGGGCGCUGGACUUGGCCAAAGAAUUUUUAUUGGGGCCACCGGGGUCAUAGGGUGCCUCACUGUGGUGCACGUCCUGGUGUGCAACAUGACCAUAGUCAAAACGCUGAGGCAGAGAAACGCCAUACGGUCUGAAGUGACCCACAGCCGGAGUGACUCCACACGGACACAUGUACACGGCAAGCGCCGGAUCUUCGGGCACGUCACUCUUGUCGUCUCCUUCGUGUACGCCCUGUGUUACGCCCCCUUUGUGGUCCGGCUUGUCAUUGACACCAUCCAGGACGUUGACCACCAGGACUCGCCCGUCCACUCCGUCACCCUCAGCCUCCUCUUCCUCAGCCCCCUCCUCAACCCCGUCGUCUACGGCGUCUUCAACCGGCAGUUCCGGCUCACCUUGUUCGCCAUGUUCCGGCCCCCGGUGAAGAAACCCAACCUGAUGACCGGCAACGGCCUGAGGGUUGGGUUCACGACCGGGGUUUACACGGACAGGGACGGCAGGGCUGGGGCUAGGGUCAAGGUCCCGCCCGACCGGGACGCCGUGACGUCAUUAGAUGGUGGCAACGGUCUACCCCGCCGGGAGACGGAGGUGUCCAUGUACUCGAGCUCGCACGAGAUGUUCACGUGCUCCAGUGGGUGACGUCAUAUCGUCUUAUUCAUGGAUGACGUCAUGAAAUUAUCGUCUUAUGUGUGGAUGACAUAAGGAAAUUAUUGAAUGUGUAAAUGGUGUAGUUAAAGUAUUCUUUUAUGCUUGAAUGAUAGAGUAAAACUUUUGGAUCAUUGUGGAUGACGUAAUGAAAUGAAUGGCUUGGAAGGUGGAAUGAAUGAAGGAAUAAAGGACUGAAGGAAGGAAUAGAGUGACUGCGCCUGUAAACUACACGCCACUUGUAAUAGAGUGGCUCAUGAACUUUGACCUUUGAAUAUCAUUAAUAGAUGUGAUUAUUUUUUCUAGAGAGUUGCUUAUGUCUUAACCCGGUUAAGAAUA